GGCGCCAUGCAGCGACUGUGCUCCGUGUUCCAGGUGCCGGCGCUCGGCCUCGGGCCCGGGCUGCGGCUGCACCAGCACCAGGAUCAGCAUCAGCACCAGGGCCAGGGCCAGGGCCAGGCCGGGGGACCGGGGCCUGGAGAGGGCCCAGAGGCGGGCACAGCGGCGGGAGCGGAGAGAGGGAGGGCUCUGCUGGACAUCUCUGACAGGACCUCCUGUGCAGCUUGUGGGUGCAGCUUCAGCAGCCGAGAGGAGCAGACGGAACACUAUAAACUGGACUGGCACAGGUUUAACCUGCGACAAAGACUGGUGGGAGCUCCGUCAGUUUCUGCUGAGGGCUUUGAGCAAAUCUCAGGUGAGAUCUCCAGUAUCUCAGGCUCUGAUUCAGACGAGUCAGACCCCUACCCUGAGCUCGAGGAUCUGCAGGGUCUCCAUGUACAGGCUGGUCCCGGCGCUGGGAAUGGGGAGCGUUCCAGAGACCAGCGGCCCCAGCCCCCCCGCUCCCCCCACGUCCUCUUCCGCUCCGCAGACGGGGAGUAUCUGUCUGUGUACCGCUGUGUGUUGCAGGGGAAACAGGCUCCCAUGGAGGAGGAAGACCACCUACUCACCUCACUGCUCAGCCUCAGCCCCCUCACCGUCUGGGUGGUCCUCAUGGCAGGCGGGGGGCACUUUGCUGGAGCCGUGUUUCAAGGGUAACGCGCUGUGCCCCCACAAGACCUCCACCGUUAUGUGCGGGCACGGCGUGGCCAGGCUCAGGCCGCCAGGGACGGGCAGAGCCGCGGCCAGGCCCCUCGCUCAGCGGGGGCUUCACUACGCCGGCACAACGAGGCCGCGCUGGCCCAGGAGGUGCAGGACCUGCUGCGGAGCUGGGCCAGCUUCCUGAGCUCGGCCUCUGCCAUCUUCCUGCGGUCACCAGUCCACAGCAGGAGCAUCUUCUUCAGCGGCCGCAGCCCCCCGCUGACCACCGCUGACCCCCGCCUCCGCUCCGUGCCCUUCUGCACCCGCAGGGCCACCUUCAGCGAAGUCCAGCGGGUCCACGCCACCCUCUGCUCCAUCCACCUCUACGCUGCAGAUACGGACCUGGCAAUGAUCGGUAGCCCCCAGCGCAGGGCAUGGGUCAAGCAGCGCCCAGCAACGCAGGAGCCCCCGGGGACCGGCAUCGACGAGGGCCCAGACGUGGCCCUGUCGGUUGCGGACUUGCCGAGCAGCCUGGAGGUGGUGGAGGAAACGAUGAGCACGCUGGAGCUGCGGGAGUUUGAAUCGUCACCGAGGAGGAAACGAGGAAAGAAAAAGAAAGUUGCUGCCAGGAAAAAGAGCGUACGGGAAGACGUGAGCGGUGGUGAGCUGGGAGACCCGGUACGAACACUCACCGGGAACGCCGGGAACACCGGGAGCGCCGGGAACACCGGGAACGCCGAGGCAGAGACUGGGGCCCUGGCGGCCGGAACACAGAGCCGCAGAAAGAAGCAGCGGGCGGUCCGGACGAUGCCCGCGGGCACGGCUGCCCCAGGUGGGUGGACGGACCAGGCUGGUAGUGGGUGCCCCAUGGCCGGGCUGCGGUACUAA